UGUUGGUGAUUCAUAUAAAUGAUUGUCCUCUUUCUGGAUCACCAGGUGUUGCAUGCAUGAACUUUGCUGGUUCUUAGAAAGAUGAGAGGAAUCAUGUGGGGAAACUCGUCUGGUUCUGUCGACAACAGACAUCGGUUGUCUUCUUCAAUUGAGGCCUUGUACAAAAGAAGGUUAAAUAAGAAUAGGGUAAAAGGUUACGGGAAGCCUUUCCAAGAUCGGAACUUGUGCUGCAAGUAUCCUCUUCUCAAACUUGUUUUGAUCGUCAUUGUUUCCGGCACUUUUGUAUCACUUUUGUGCUCUCCAGACGCCUAUAAAACCGACCAUCUAUCGGCCGCGAAAUCCCGGUAUAUAGAGAGGUGGAUAUGGGGAGGAGCAGAUUCUCGAUAUGUAUCGGAUGUCGAUACUGACUGGGACGGUGUUGUGAAAGUUAUCGAGACGAUGGACGAACAGAAUGAUUACCUGGGAAUAGGACUUUUGAACUUCAAUACUACUGAAGUCGGUCAUUGGAAGCACCUAAUGCCUGAUGCAAGCCACAUUGCGCUGCAUUUGGAUUAUGCGGACAUGAAUGUAACUUGGGAUUCGUUAUAUCCGGAAUGGAUCGACGAGGAGCAAGAAGAAAAGGUUCCCGUUUGCCCGGAUUUACCGAAGAUCGAGGUCCCUGGACAACGUCUUGAUCUGAUUGCUGUUAAGUUGCCUUGUAGAAAUGAGGGGAAUUGGUCAAGGGAUGUUGCUAGGCUGCAUUUGCAGCUAGCAGCGGCUAGCCUUGCAACCUCGGCCAAGGGCUUGUAUCCGCUGCAAGUGCUUUUUGUUUCGAGGUGUUUUCCGAUCCCGAACAUGUUCACUUGCAAAGAACUUGUUGCACACGAAAACGAUGUCUGGUUAUACAAACCAGACCUGAAUGUGUUGAGGGAAAAGCUUCAGUUUCCUGCAGGGUCUUGUGAACUUGCACUUCCUUUUAAUGUCAAAGAGCCAAUAUAUUCGGGGAAUGCAUCUCGAGAAGCAUAUGCGACGAUUCUCCAUUCGGCUCACGUAUACGUAUGCGGAGCUAUCGCCGUUGCUCAAAGCAUCCGCUUGUCCGGCUCAACCCGAGACCUCGUAAUACUUGUGGACGAGACAAUCAGUGCUUACCACAGGAGUGGACUUGAGGCUGCAGGAUGGAAAGUGAGAACAAUUCAAAGGAUCAGGAAUCCGAAAGCCGAAAAAGACGCAUACAACGAAUGGAACUACAGCAAGUUCCGGUUAUGGCAACUGACCGAUUAUGACAAGAUCAUAUUCAUCGAUGCCGACAUGCUUAUCCUUCGAAACAUCGAUUUCUUAUUUGCAAUGCCAGAGAUAUCAGCCACGGGAAACAACGGCACCCUCUUCAACUCCGGUGUCAUGGUCAUCGAGCCCUCGAAUUGCACAUUCCAGCUUCUGAUGGAACACAUCGACAUGUUCGAGUCGUACAACGGCGGGGAUCAAGGAUACUUAAACGAGAUUUUCACAUGGUGGCACCGGAUCCCACGGCACAUGAAUUUCCUCAAGCAUUUCUGGAUAGGCGAUGAGGAAGAAAUCAAGCGUGAGAAAACUCGGCUUUUCGGAUGGGAACCGCCUAUUCUCUACGUACUACACUACCUAGGUACAAAACCAUGGAUGUGCUUCAAGGACUAUGACUGCAACUGGAACGUGGACAUAAUGCAGGAGUUUGCGAGCGACGUCGCGCACCGAAGGUGGUGGAAGGUGCACGAUUCGAUGCCGGAGGUGCUGCAACAAUUCUGCUUGUUACCGUCGAUGCAAAAGGCGCAACUCAUGUUCGAUCGAAGGCGAGCCGAGGAAGCGAACUUCAGCGAUGGACAUUGGAGGAUCAAAGUUGAAGAUGAACGUUUAGACAAGUGCAUCGACAACAGAUGUAAAUGGAAGGGAAUGUUGAAAGUUUGGGGUAGACGCCGCAAUAGGACUCAUAAUGAUGAAGCUUUUGUUCCAACACCUCCUGCAUUGAUCAAUUAUAUUGAUUGAAUUUCAUUGAUAUUGUUGUUACUUUUAACAUUUUGAAAAUUAUGACUUCAUUGAA